UCUCUCUCACAUAUCCGAUCGCCCUUCCCUUCACACCUUCAACUCCUUCCUGUCUUCCCCUCAAAACCAAAGCCAUACCAAACCCCUUCCUUUCUCGCCAUGGGCUAUAUCACCCACAGCGAAACUCUACUGUCCCCGAAUUCGUCCGACUCAUGACCUAAAUCUCUCUCUCUCUCAUAUCCGAUCUCCCUUCCUGUCAAUGCCUUCAACUCAUCUCCUCCCUCAAAACCAAAGCCAUAUCGAAACACCACAUUUUCUUGCUAUGGGCGAUUUCACCCACAGCAGAACUCUACUGUCCCCGAAUUCCUCAGACGCAUGACCUAAAUCUCUCUCUUUCUCUCUAUCCCUUUCUCUCCCUCUCCCUAUCCCCCCUUCUCUCCAUUUCCGGCUGCUUCGAUGGCGCCCGGUCGCAGGAAAGGCGCAGGCAGGGGUUCUUCGGCCGCUGCCGCUAGGAAGCAAUACAAAGUCGGAGAUCUUGUUCUUGCCAAGGUCAAGGGAUUCCCAGCAUGGCCCGCCACGGUGAGUGAACCAGAGAAGUGGGGCUACUCGAACGAUUGGAAGAAAGUGCUUGUUUAUUUCUUUGGAACCAAACAAAUUGGCUUCUGCAACCCUGCUGAUGUUGAAGCUUUUACUGAAGAGAAAAAGAAAACUCUUCUUCUUAAACGUCAGGGUAAGGGAGCUGAUUUUGUUCGUGCAGUAGAUGAGAUUAUUGAUAGCUAUGAAAAGUCAAAGAAACAGAACCAAGAUGAGUCAAAUUCGGGCGAUGAAGGCACAGUGUCGAAUGCUGGGAGUUUGGAUGGUUCUAAAGGCAAGUCUUGGGUGAAGAGUCCAACACAAAGCCCUGCGCCAAUGCAUGAACCUCAGUCAGAAACGCCUCAUUCUUCUAUAGUCAGAAGCGACUCGUGCAAUCCUAUCGAAAUUCCUGUGCCUUCGAAGGAAAUCACUGAUCCACAUUGUAUGCAGACAGAAUCUGAGGAGCCAGCUAAAAAUACUUCCAGUCAGGAUCUUAGAGAAGCACCUUCAUCUAUUCCUAAAUUGUUGAGAAAGAGGUCAAGAGAGACACCCCUUCAGAGCUGUGUGAUACAGAGAAGGCCAGUGGCAGUUCGCAGGUCUAGAAGUUCAUCAAGGGUUGAACACUCUAAAUUUCCGAAGCCUGUCAUGCCGGUAAUGGAUGGCAUAAGCCACGAACCUAUAGGAAGGAAUAAGCUUAUUAGGAAAUCACCUGACCACUCCACUUGCCAUGAUAUAGAUUCACUUGCUUGUUCUGCGGCUACUGUUUCUAACUGGAGUGAUGAAGACAUUGGAUCUGAAGCAUUAGCAAUGGAAUCUGAGGCUGUUAGUUUAAACAAGGGAAGCACAAUAGAGUCUGGUGGCAAAAUUGAACACUCUGGGGUUGUCUCUGAGGAUUUCGAGAAUGGCGUUGAGUUGAGUGGAAGGCUUGAACUCCAGACUACGGCUGGUGUGCUCAAGAAGAAACGGAAACCAAACAGAAAGCGAGUUACUCAUGAUACAGAAACAUGUCUGAAAUUGGAGAAGGAGACAAGUUUAGAGGUAGUUGGGUCAAUUAAAAACCUUCCAACUUCUCCCAAUGAUUGGGAAAGGUCAAGUGAGAGAUUUCACAAGGCAGAUGGUGAUGAGCAUUUGCCUCUAGUAAAACGAGCCAGGGCUCGUAUGGGUAAACUAUGCGCAGAGACUAAGCAGGUUGAUGAUUCUGUAUAUACUAAAGAGACAUCUGUACAGGAGGCUCUAAUGAAUCAUUCAGGGAAAUGUACCAUGGCCUUUAGUCAUGAUGAUAACUGUCCUGCUGAUAGCACCUCGUUGGGGGUUAAGGAAGCUGUAAAUAACUCAUCACCUUCAAAAUCGUUUACUCAUUUUGCAGAAAAUGAUCCAGAGCUUUGGAAAACCAAGAAAUAUCAUUUGAGAGGUGGUUCAGUGGAUGGUGAAGCUGCUUUGCCUCCCUCUAAACGCCUUCAUCGUGCUCUAGAAGCAAUGUCUGCCAACGUGGCUGAAGCUACAUAUGCUGAAGACCCAAGACCCACAGAAAUCCUAUCAAAUGGGUGCAGGACUCCCAAUGAGUCAACUUUUCUCUGUGCUGCUGCUGAUAACAGAGUGGGUAGUACUAUAGAAAAAUGGGAUGCACACUCUUCUGGUAACGAUACAUCUCAUGAUAGUACAUCUGGAUUGGCUUUGAUAUCAGCCCCCCCAAAUCCUGAGGAAAUCACAAAGAUUUCUUCAGAUGCAAAACCCGGUGACAUGCUUUGUGGAAAUUAUAGCUUCCCAAAACAUGAGGACUGCAAAGAAGUGCUUAUAGAGGCUGGAAAUUAUGCGGAUGCCAUACACUUUGAUGGUUCAUCCAUUAAAACUGCCAAAAAUAAGAUCCAUGUCGAAAAUCCACAACCUUGUUCAUCUCAGUGUGAUGAACAGGGUAAUAUUAAACCUAGUCAAAGUGCAUCCAAGCAGUCUUCACAUGUCACAGAAGAUGGCAACAAGAAGUUUUUGGUACCAAGCAAGGAGCCUACUGAUGAUGCCUUCAAGGGGGAGGGUGACUAUUAUCAAGCAGACAAAUCAGAUGGAGAACAUGAAAUUUUGGAACCUAUUUCACAGAGGCUGGAUUCAGUUUCCAAGGCUGAAGAUGUUGGCAGUUUGUUGCCUCUAAAUGGUACUGGUAUGCCUCUGUCAGAUGCAGAUGGAGGCUGUCCAACUACCAAGACUUUGAGGUCUCAGUCAGACGAGAACAGCAAAGUUAGGGAGAUGUGUGAGGUUGAAAAAGAAGUAAAAGGUAAACGAAUGCCAAAGGACAGAGAUGCUUACUUAGACUUGACAUCCAUGAAGGCUUUGAUUGCAGCUGCUCAGGCAAAGAGACAUUUUUCUCGUUCUACUUCCAUCUCCGACAAUGCCUCAGAUGAUAAGGUUUCUUUUGAUGCUGUAUCAAGCUCACCUCCAGUCCAUGUGAUCAAUUCUUCCGAGCGAGCGUCUCCUACCAAUGCCUUGAUGCACCAUGUUCCUGCUUUGGAUGAUGGGAAUGGUAUCCCAGUUAAUGGUAGAAGUCCUGGUGCUAGUGCACACCGGAAGAAUUCUAUGCAUGUACUUGAUAUGGAUGAAGAAAGAAGAUUUGACUCAAUGUCAAUUCAUAGACUGAAACCCAUAGGCAAAUGGACGGGUCAGGCUGAAGCAAAUGUUGUGUGGAAAUCUUUCGAGGCUGUGCUUGGGACAUUAUCAAGGACAAAAGAGAGUAUAGGUCGGGCAACACGCCUUGCAAUUGACUGUGCCAAAUAUGGGAUUGCUGGUGAGGUGGUUGAACUUCUUCUUCAUAAUUUGGAAAGCGAGUCAAGCUUACACCGAAGGGUGGAUCUGUUCUUCCUUGUUGAUUCUAUUAUUCAGUGCUCUCGGGGCCAGAGAGGUGGCAUUGGAGAUAUGUUCCUUUCAGCUGUCCAACCGGUGCUUCCUCGUUUGUUGUCUGCUGCUGCUCCUCCCGGAAAUGCUGCCAGAGAAAAUCGCAGGCAAUGCCUUAAGGUCCUGAAGCUUUGGCUAGAAAGAAAAACCUUUCCAGAAUCCAUUGUUCGGCACCACAUGCGAGAACUGGAUUCUAAUGAUGGAUCAUUCACUAGUUCCUUUUCUCGCCGACCGUCAAGAACAGAGAGGUCUCUGAACGAUCCUAUAAGGGAAAUGGAGGGAAUGCUCGUUGAUGAGUAUGGAAGCAACACGAGUUUUCAGCUUCCGGGUUUUGUCAUGCCUCGUAUGAUUGAUGAUGAUGAGGAAGAAGAUGCUACUGAUGAAAAGAGUUUUGAGGCUGUCACCCCUGAACAGAAUUCUGGAAACGGCGAUGAGCAGGCAACUUCUGCAUUUGCUACUGAAAAGCAUCCACAUAUUUUGGAAGAUGUUGAUGGUGAGCUCGAAAUGGAGGAUGUGUCCCCUUCCUGUGAAGCUGAAAUGAACUCUGGACAUAAUGUUAUGGGAACCGAUACUGUGCUAUCUUCCCACUGUCAGUUCGACCAACGGCCUUUGCCGUUUGCCCCUCCACUCCCUGAAGAGAUGCCGCCAUCUCCUCCCCCUCUCCCGUCUUCCCCUCCACCAGGGGCUCCCCCUCCCCCUCCCCCUCCCCCUCCCUCAGCACUAACUCAUCCCUCUGCUGAUACUAUGGACUCUCAGCACUACCAGAGUGCAAAUAGUAUGCAAAGCCAUGUGCCACAAUCUGUUAGUCAGCAGCCAAACGUGCCAAAUACGAACUCGACAUCCUUGGAUACAGGGCCUUAUUAUGCUCCUGGAUACAGAGAUGUUUCAACACAGAUGACAACACCCGUUUCUUCUUAUAGUUCCAGUUCUUACAGUGGUUUUAGCUCCCAUCCCUCUAUGCCUACUGGGAAUGAUAUGCAGCAGUUAGGUGGGGCAACACUGCCUAAUAAGGCACAUCAUCUUCAUCCGCCCCCUCCCACCGUCUCAAACCAGUUCUCGUAUGUACGGGCAGACACACACCAAAGGGCAGAGUCUUGGAUGGGUUGUUCUUCCUCUCAUUCUGCUAAAAAUUCGCAAUUUGGACACGAAGCGCUCAGUGAACAUUCAUACAGUCAUCGAGGGAGGAUGGGUCCUUCCCAACAUGAGAUUGAUGAAAGACGUAGAUUUUCUGCACCUGUUCAUUCAGCCGGUCCUGGGCAUCCUAAUAAGGCUGAAGCGUCAUAUGCUCCAGUUCCCUAUCGCCGUCCGCCGUCAGAACAUGCACCAAUCUCAAAUAGUGGGUGGUCUAUUCCUUCCAGGGGAUUGAAUUAUCGGCACCCUGUAACUACAUUGCGACCCCCACAGGAUAAUCAAAUUUCUGGAGCAAAUGGAGCUUCGAACUUCUGGAGGCCAAGAUAACCAUCACCAUGGAGCUAGCUGUGCUGUUGUUGGGUUGUUGGUCUUUUUCAUUCUGGACCGUGCAGAGUGUUCCUUCUCAGGUGCUUGUGAUAUUCUUUCUGUGAAAUUAAUUCCAUCCAUUCAAGAGAGAUUUUUGGAAGAGGACUAACACCGAAAGAUUGCAUAUUGAAUCCCUGAAGGAUGGCACAUGCGGCCUUGGAAGACGCACAUGUUGUCCGCCUCAUUGUAUAUAUGUACUCUAUUAUCUGCAAAUGCAGACAGCGGAAAGAAAGUCAUUGAUGGGGGAGAGCUGUAUUCUAGCUUUAUGCGGUCCAUGUAUUAAUCAUCAUGUUAUUAUUAGUUUUACAGAGACUGCGGAGAAGGAAACGCCUGCGGACUUACUGUCCAUCUGUAAGCCCAAGUUUUGCAAUGUAAUUUAUUUU